GGAUGUUGUCUCGCACCGGAAGAGAAGGGGCCGCUUUCCCAGCCAUCUUGUGUCAGCAUCCAGCGACUCGCUCGCAUCAAGCCUCUUCCAAUCGGCGGUAAAUCCAGCUGAAGGGGCGCCAUCAUGCCCGGGCACCUGCAGGAAGGCUUCGGCUGCGUCGUAACCAACCGCUUCGAUCAGCUACCGGACGACGAGUCGGACCCGUCGGAGAUCCUGAAAGCUGCCGAGAACAAGAAGAAGGAGGCGGCCGCCGCUGGCUCCGCUAAGAGCGCCGCUCAAGCCUCCAAGCCGCCCAAGAAGGAGUCACAGAAGGAUAGGAAGAACACGCUCGCGGAUAAGAAGGACGAGCCCCAACCGCCGGUGCCGCUGAAAAAAGAAGGUAUGAGGCGAGUGGGUCGACGGCCAGAACAGCAGCAGGGUCACCAGGGCUCGCAGCAGCAGGGGGGCCAAGGUGACGGGCGACCCGGAGACAAACGGCCAGACCGCAGACCCCCUCGAGAGCGACGCUUUGAGAAACCGGCCGAGGGAGACGGCCCCGACUUCCCUGCGGAGAAGCCCUUCGGAGACCGACCACCAAGAGGGCGCGGCGGCGGCCGAGGUGGCCGCGGAGGCCGAGGGCGGGGCAUGGGCAGAGGGGACGCUUUCGACUCUCGCGGAAAACGAGACUUUGACAGACACAGCGGCGCUGACAAAUUGAAUCAGAAAAGCGAGAAGCGCAGUGGCAGCGGCUCACACAACUGGGGGAAUGUGAAGGAGCAAGUCAGCGAGGCCGAACCGAGCCCCGCCCCCGCUGCCGAGACCACCACGGAGGGUGAGGAGCAGGCGCCCGCCGGCUCGGAGAAUAAGGAGAACGAGGCGGAAGACGUGAAACCGGAAGGCCCCCGAGAGAUGACGCUGGACGAGUGGAAGGCCAUGCAGGACAAGGAGCGCACUAAGGUGGAGUUCAACAUCCGCAAGGCCAACGAGGGUACCGACAGCCAGUGGAAGAAAGGAUACGUGCUGCACAAGUCCAAAAGCGAAGAUAGGCCUGUCGGAACUUUGAUUGACGCCCCGGAAACAGAAGUCGACGCGCAAAGCCUGUACCAAAAGGGCACUGCGGACGAAUCCACCGAGCACCACUUCCGCAAGCCGGCCAACGACAUCACCUCUCAGCUGGAGAUCAACUUUGGAGACCUGGGCCGCCCCGGCCGCGGGCGCGGGGGCCCUCGCGGGGGCAGGGGGGCCCGCGGCGGGGGAGGCGGCAGGCCAGUGCGCAGCGGCCCGGGCCGCUCUGAAAAGGCAAGUGGCGUGUCGGUCCCCAACGUGGAUGACCCCGAGGCCUUCCCCGCCCUGGCCUGAAGGCUCCUUUGUUUCCCCCGGCCGACUCCUCCAUCAGCCCCCCCCCCCCCCAUUUACAAGGCUUGCAUGCUUACCCCAUUCUCAAAUAUUUAAGAAACCCAAAUGACAAAAAAA